UAUUAUUUAUUAUGGCAUCAAACACCAUUCAGGUACAAAAUAAAAUGAAGUAUAUACUACUUUUCAGGUAGAUGGCUAGCAAGAGCUAUCUGGGGCCAAAUUACCAUUAAAUAUUGUCACUGUAUUGAAUUUCAACACAGAUGGUGUAUAUUUUGGUACAGAAUCUCAGUUUAGCAUUUGAUGAAAGUUCUUCUGUUUUAAACGAUAAUCGUGUCAGCAUUCAUGUAUAUGAAAACCACAUUAUUCUCAUUUUGAAACUCUGUAGGGCAACCUGGGGAUGGUCGUAGGUUUCCCCCGGGCUCUGCUGGGUUUCUUCCCUAUAUAAUGCUGGUCGCCAUCUUAUAAAUGGAAUAUUCUUGAGUAUGGUUUAAAUCACCAAUCAAAUAAAUAAAUAAAUCAUUCUUGUUGUGUCAGAGAUUUUCUUCUGUUUACAUUACAGUCCAAAGAAGACUUCUCCAACCAGACAAAGUUUGUAUAUUUACAUGUUUUUUUAAAAGAAAGCAGGUUACAGUACCCAGUUUUUUCAAACCAUAUUUGGGGAAAAUUAGAACUUUAAUAAUCAGUUUGAUUGAAAUCUGAUAAUGUUUUUUUUAUUUGUUUUAUUAAUUGUUUAUGUCUGACAAAUGUUUUACUCAUGUGAGGUCAUCUUUAUAGGUACACAAAGAGUGAACAUAGACUAAACCAUUGCACUCCACCAGAUACAAACAUGUAUGUUUGAAAAGCUGUCAACCAUGAAUUGUCGAUAAUCAAGCUGUGUACCUCUGUUGCGCUUUGUUGCGCUUUGAUUAUAACUGUUCAUAGUCUGGAGCAUCAGAUUUGAUAUGACCCCGUUCUGUUUUGCAGCAGCAGCGGCAGCAGCCCCGGCCACUAGCAGUUCAAUCCCAGAUGUCUCUGUGAGUGCAGGGACGUCAGACGCCGGAUACGAUGAAAUCUCACAGGAUUAUUACCUAUACGAUAACUAUGCCAGGCCUGAGUCAGUGACAAGCGUGAGCAGAGAUCAAGGAAGGUCUCCAUCUCCUUACAAAACCAAGGGAGACAACCAAAGACAGCAUGGCAAGGCAGAGGAUCGCAGACCCAAGCAUGUUUCCAAGGUAACUGUGCGUCCCAAAGAGGUAGUGACGAGUCAGAGUCAGGUUGUGACUUCCCACCAUAAGACGGUGGCUAAGGGACCCAACUCAGAGCUGUGUGAGGGAGCUGACCUCUCCCGUGUUGAGCGCUAUGGUGUGGUAACCAAUGGACCUAACAGAAAUCUGCGCAAGGGACCAGACCCCAGCCGUGUGAAGGGGUCCCAAGGGGCCAAGGGACAUGACCCCAGUCUGUGUCGGGGUCCUCAGCCCGAGCUUCAUCAAGGUCCUCAGCCUAACCUGUGUCGUGGACCAGCUACCAUUAUCACAGCCUCUCGCACGCUCAUUUCACAGGUGUAAAUCUGCACCUGUCGCAGCUGUGCAGCUGGUCAGGUGUAUGCACUGGUGUGCCUGGGAACGGUAUAUGUCAGACUGAUAAUACUUGAGAGGUGUGCAAAUACUUUGGUCAUCAUGGUGGAGUGGUAAACUGAGCACUCUUUCACCUGGUUCUUGCUGAAAUGCCAUAUUAAAGCAGGGUUUGAAUUAGAAAACAACACUUUUGUGCACUGCACUCAGAAUUACAAAAUGGCUGCACCAGUAAACAUAUUUUGGGUGCACUAGCUAAAAGUGCACCCAUAACUUUUUGAAUGCUGUUAAAGUCAUGUUUCCCUGUAUUUCACCCUUAAUGUUUCAACCCACUAGUCUCAUUCUGAUCUUCUCCACCCUCAGUAUUAGUGCUGCAUCUGUGACAUAAAAUAGUUUCACAUCCUAGUAUUUGCUCAUGUGUUCCUGCAAGUCUGAAAGGAAUUUCAAAGUUUGAUCACUCUGUUUGUUGGCCAAGAUCUUUUUGUGUGAUUGGCUAGGAAAUGGGUAGUGUAUGUACUUGAUCACUCUAAUAAACUGUAACAGUAUGUGUAUGUUGAAUAUGGCGCUCUUAAAACAGCUUUACUAGGAAUCAUAAUCUCCAGGUUACCUCCCUUUACCCCUACACUGUUUACCUCCCUUUAUCCCUACAUUGAGGUGUUAAGAAUGCAUCAUAACUCUCAAAUGUACAUAAAAAUCGACCCAGCUCUGCCCAGAAAUUGUAAUUGUAUGAUCUGUGUUUCGGCUAAAUUUGAUACAAAUUUGUUAAUUACUCAUGAUUUUGUCUUACCGGUACUUUUCAGAAAAAAACAUAGACAAACUAAUUCUUAGACAAACUGGUGAGAACAUAGCAUUGGCAAAACUUGCUAGUGUAAAAGGGAAUUAAUUCUGCAAAGUUCUGAAAUGUUACAGAUGCUAAGCUAAAUUUUUGCUUGCAGAUGUAGGUUUUGAACAAAUUGUACAUGUAUUCUUUGGAUUGUUAAGCUUUUGUCAUGAUAGUUUGCUUUUGCUCAAUCACACAGCAUAAGUGAAAUCAUAUAACUUAUGAUUUUUUCAUCAAAAUUUGUAUUAUUUUUGUCAUAUUUUUUCCCAUGUUUCACUUAUUAAUUAUUCCACAUGUUUAUAUUAAAACAAAGGUUUUGUUGUUCGGUAGUUCCCUGUGAUAUUUGUUUCCCUGGAAAGGGAUACUCCUCUGUAUAGUUUCGCAAUUGGCCUUUACAUAGCCAUUUUAAAAUUAUUCCUUGAGUUCAAGUCCAGCUCAUGCUGGCUUCCUCUCCAGCCGUACGUGGGAGGGUCUGACAGGAACCUGCGGAUGGUCAUGGGUUUCCCCCGUGCUCUGCCCGGUUUCCUCCCACCAUAAUGUUGGCUGCCAUUGUAGAAGUGAGAUAUUCUUGAGUAGGGCAUGAAACACCAAUCAAAUAAAUGAAUAAAUGGUUUCUUCUUUUCUUAGUUUGUGUCGUCCUGACAUGAAGGACUUCAAAUAAAAUUUUUAUGCAGUGUGCUGCGAUGGAGUCCCUCUCCUUUCUAUGUUCAUAUCUCCUUUAAUUCUAAACUUUACAAUUAUCAUUUCACAGCUAUGCUCAUAAAUGCCUUAAAAUGUUUAUACAGAUGAACAAUAUGAAGGCUAGUUGUGAACAAGACAAGGUUCUGCAAACGGUUGAAAGGUAAAAAAUGUACAGUAGUGACUGUUCAUUCAAGCAAGUUUUGGGAGCAUUGAGGGGAAGUAACUCUGACAGUGUAUCCUAAUACCAAAUUAGCCCAGAUCUAAGCCUAUGUCUGACGCUGUGAUCCUUACAUGUUAUUUGUACGUGGCUGUCAUGUUUCCCCAUAUUAGGAGUUUGAAAUGACACAUCAGAAGGCUCCAAAUUCUAUGUGGCACAAUGCUUUACUUGACUGGUACGGUCCAGAUGUAAAGAUAGUUCACAUAAUGUUGCCAGGCAGUGGGGACAUUAUGUAAGUCGCCAAUGGUUUUACUGAAGUGGUUAAAAGAUCACGAUUCUUGGAAUGGUAUAAUUAUUCAAGAGACGUUUCGAUCUUUGAUUUCUAAUUUUA